AUGUGUGACGUUGUUUUAGGAUCACAAUGGGGUGAUGAAGGUAAAGGAAAAUUAGUUGACAUUUUAUGUGAAGAUAUUGAUGUUUGUGCAAGAUGUCAAGGUGGAAAUAAUGCUGGUCAUACUAUUGUUGUUGGUGAUGUCAAAUACGAUUUCCAUUUAUUGCCUUCAGGUUUAGUUAAUCCUAAAUGUUUGAAUUUGAUUGGUUCAGGAGUUGUUGUCCAUGUUCCAUCUUUAUUUGAAGAAUUGGAAAAUUUAGAAAAGAAAGGAUUAUACUGUAGAGAUAGAUUAUUCAUCUCUUCAAGAUGUCAUUUAGUUUUUGAUUUCCAUCAAAGAACCGAUAAAUUAAAAGAAGCUGAAUUAUCGACUACCAAAAAAUCUAUCGGAACUACUGGUAAAGGUAUUGGUCCAACUUAUUCAACCAAAGCUUCAAGAUCAGGUAUUAGAGUUCAUCACUUGGUUAGUGAAGAUCCUCAAGCUUGGGAAGAAUUUAAAACUAGAUAUCACAGAUUAGUUGAAAGUAGAUAUAAAAGAUAUGGUGAAUUCGAUUAUGAUGUUGAAGCUGAAUUAGCUCAAUACGAAAAAUACCGUGAAUUAUUAAGACCUUUCGUUGUCGAUGCUGUUGAUUUCAUUCACAAAUCUAUUGCUGAUAAGAAAAGAAUUUUAGUCGAAGGUGCUAAUGCUUUAAUGUUGGAUUUAGAUUACGGUACUUACCCAUAUGUUACCUCUUCAGCUACUGGUAUUGGUGGUGUUUUGACUGGUUUAGGUAUUCCUCCAAGAAACGUUAAUAAUGUUUACGGGGUCGUUAAAGCUUACACUACUAGAGUUGGUGAAGGUCCAUUCCCAACUGAACAAUUAAAUGAAGAUGGUGAAACUUUACAAACUGUUGGUGCUGAAUUCGGUGUCACCACCGGUAGAAAGAGAAGAUGUGGUUGGUUAGAUUUAGUUGUUUUAAAAUAUUCUUGUUUGAUUAAUGGUUACACUGAUUUAAACAUUACUAAAUUAGAUGUUUUAGAUCAAUUCAAAGAAAUCAAAGUUGGUAUUUCUUACAGUUAUAAUGGUGAAAAAUUAUCAUCAUUCCCUGAAGAUUUAACCAAAUUAGGUAAAGUUGAUGUUGAAUAUGUUACUUUACCAGGUUGGAAUGAAGAUAUCACUAAAAUCAAAAAUUUCGAUGAUUUACCAGAAAAUGCUAAGAAAUAUUUGAAAUUUAUUGAAGAUUUUGUUAAUGUUCCAAUUAAAUGGGUUGGUACUGGUCCAGGUCGUGAUUCAAUGUUAAAGAAAAAUUAG